AUGAAGUACUUGGGCGCCUACCUUCUCGCGAAUAUGGGCGGAAAUGCUUCCCCAUCAGCCAAGGACCUGCUCGCCAUCCUCGGAUCGGUCGGCCUCGACUGCGACAUGGAUGAGGCCAACAAGGUGGUCAACGAGCUGAGCGGCAAGAAAGUCGACGAUGUGAUCGCAGAAGGAAAGAAGAAGGUCUCAUCCGUGCCCUCAGGAGGAAGCGGCGCCCCUGCCGCCGCGUCCGCUGCCGCCCCAGCAGCAGCUGCUGCUCCCGCCGCCAAGAAGGAAGAGCCCAAGGAGGAAUCCGACGAAGACAUGGGAUUCGGACUUUUCGAC